AUGUCGGAACCAGCGCCCGCGGCACCCGCGCCUCCGCCGCCGCCGGCACCGCCGCCUCCGGACGGUCCACCGCCUCCCGACAUGCUAUUCGGGGUCGGGGUACUAGACGGACAGGGGUCGCCCGCCCCGAAUGGGCUCCCCAGGUCCGUGAAGUUGAGCGUCGUCGUGCUGCCCGGACGCUCCACCUUAGUCGCGACGUCGAUGCCGCCGCCACAGCCUACGGUUCUCGCGGACAAACUCGCCGACGACGUCGUCGCCGCCGCCGUCGCGCGAACACCGUACGGGGCCCGAAUCUUGGGGCCUCUGUAUCACGAUUCGUGA